CCAACUUAUAAGCCCACAUUGAAUUAGAAAACCCUAAAAUCUCUCCACACAAGUCCCACCUGUCAGCCCCAUUCUUAUCUCAUCAUCAUAUCUGUCCGGCAAGACUUCAUCCCCAUCUAUCGUCUCUCUUCAUGGAGUUCCCCAUCUCACUUCUCUCUUCUCUCUUCUUCAGCCUCUGAUUUGUUAGAAGAUGGGGUGAGAUCGCGAUAGAGACCGAAGGAGAACAAUGGAUGAACUUCCAAGAAGGUCUGACUAUAUAGCCAAGUAUCAUAAAGCUAAUAACAAACUUGGAAGGAUGUCGAAGGCUCAAAUGAAUGCAGUGCACAGUGCUUGCAAAAUGACAUGGGAUGGUAUGAAGGCUAAUGAUAAAGAAUCGUGGAUAAGGGAAAGAAAAAGAUUAAUGAAAAAGUAUGAGAAGCUCGCUCCAGAAAAAAGAGCUCCCAUAAAAGAGAAGCAAAAAAGAAAGGCCUAAAAAAUUGCUCAUCUAGGUGCGCGGCACAGAUGCGCUGUUUCAAAGUUUAUUUAAGUUGUUUCACAGCUUGAUGAGGAUAAGAGAAAAGCUGUGGAGGACAUUGGAUUCGGAAAUUUGUUGAAGCUGAAGUGUACAUAUAUGUCUCGGGACUUAUACAUGUACUUACUAAAGAAUUAUGACCCUGAUAAUUCUUGCAUAAAACUUGAGGAGGGAGGCUUUAUGUCGAUAUAUUCAACCGAUGUGCACUCGAUUCUUGGGAUUCCAUUUGGAGUUCCAAAUAUUCCCAUAAAUGUCCAAUUCUACGAUGCGGAGUGGAUAGACGAAGGUGGUUACUUCGACACUGGUGGAAUUCAUGAUGACUUAUUGUUUGAAAAGGUUGUAAACUUAAAGGCAAGUGACGAAUUCAAGAGAGCAUUUGUCCUCUUUGCUUGCUCCACUUUACUAAGUCUUACUGGCAGAAAUACAUGCUAUUGGGGCUUAUUGAAAAGUGUGGAUAAUGUGAAUGAUAUCAGUACUUACAACUGGUGUGGCUAUGUCCGUAAUUGUUUGUUGAGAACUAUGAAACCACGUACAAAUGGGAAGCUGAAAAAGUCCUAUGGUGGUUGUUUAAUGUUUUUGCAGCGACUUUAUAUGAUGCAUUGUGAGACACAAUAUAGAGGUUACCCAGCGGGAGAUAUUAAAGCGCUUGAUUUUUGGACCACAGAUUUUUUUCGGUCUCGCGUACGAUGGGAAUUGGGUAACGGAGGUUUUGGUCGUGGACAGUUGGCUCUUCUUAAGGUAAAGACAUGUAGAAGAAGCAGUGGUGAUGAUGGUGCAGCCGAAGAUAGCUCGGCUUCUUCUCUGUCUGAUUCAUUGAUGUUUGAAUAUGAUGAUUAUGAAUGUUCUGACUCAGAGAUGGAGGUUUGCAUUAAAAAAGUGAAGAUGGACAUUGCAUUAACAGAAUUUAAUGUAAGAAAUUCAAAGAGGAGUCUAAGAAAAUUGUUAACUUCAUUGAAGAAGCGUGGAAUUAGGGAAAAAGCAAAACUAUGUGGGGAGAACAAUGGCCACGAUAGCAGUAUAUGUGGGGAAUGUGAAGAUGAUAAUAGAGGUGGUAAGGAUAGGGAUGUGGAACCGGUUGAGAAAGCAAUUGAAGAUAAUAGCAGAGGUGGUAAGGAUUGUACAAUGAAUGAUGAAAAUGAUGAUGAAGACUGUAGUAGUGGUGAUGAAAUAGUGAGUAAGGGAAGUGGUUCAGAUAAUAGUGAAGAUGAAUGGCAUGGGAGUGAGGAAAGUAAUGAAACAAGUGACUAUGAGUACAAUGAUGCGGAGGGUGAAAAAAAUGAGGGUUUUUUUAGUAUUAAGCAGGAGGUGGUGGUAAGUGCGGAGGAAAAAAAAUGAACAACGUGUGGUUAUUGAUUUAAGAAAUGUUGAAGAGGGAACCAGUAAUGUGAAAGGAAAAAAGGGAAAGGGAAAGAGAAAAUUGAAAUUGAAGAAAUAUUUUUUUCUGUCCAUGUGUUUACAAAGGCGGCAAAAUGGUUAGUCUAACUCUGGAGCAAAACAUGUUGUUGACAUAUGUGGCAAAUGUUGAGCCGGAUAAAUCGGAUGAAACAAUUCUUUCCAUGUACGGUAUUACCGUAUCUUGCCAUGAGAUUCAUACUGUCUUUGCUGAUAACUGGGUGUCCGAUGAUGUAAUUAAUUACUUUGGGAAUAUGUUAACUAACAACCAAGGAUCCAAGGGGGACAGGUACUACUUUAGUAGUAGAGCCAUCCAGUUAAUGAUUGAAUUGAAUGUAAGGAAAAUAAAGAAAAAAGCUGAACGCAUCAGUCGGCUUGAAGAGCAUGGUGAGUACUGUUUCCUACUUGAUGCAGAGACAGUAAACUGUUAUUUUUCCCUGCAUGCAUACAAGGACAUUGGUUACUGUUUAUUGGCAACCGUCUGAAGAUGGUUGAUUGCCUUUGUUCAUUGGAAGGGCCCCGUAAAUAUAUGGAUUAUGUUAAACUGUUGGUUCAUAUAUUUAGUUUGUCUUGAUGUAAUUGAUUAGGAAUGAACAAUUAUUAUUUAUAAAAUAUUGGUAUGUACAACAGAAAUAGUUUAUUGGGAUCGUGUUUAAGGAAGAUUUCACAAAAUUUCAACCCAACACACCAAGGCAAUACCCAGACAACCAGAUGGGUAAGAAUAAGCUUUAUGUAUUUAAUUAGAAAACAGGCCUAUACAUUUAUAUACGUAAUUACUUUCAAUUAAAAAACAUUGCCAUUGUAGAGAAUCAUGUGAACUAUUUGUCAUGAGGUUUAUGGAGCGGUGAAAUGGGAAAU